AUGCCAUGUGAAUCUGGAAAGGAACAUGUUGAAGAAGGCAGAGCCAGCCUCUGUAAGUCUGUGGUUUCCAACAGCUGCAAGGAGAUGUCUUGUUACUCAGACUUUCCAUUCCCAGAAGAUUAUCCAAACUAUGUGCCAAAUUCUCAAUUCCUGGAAUAUCUCAAAAUGUAUGCAAACUGGUUCAGCCUUCUGGAAUGCAUUCAAUUCAAGACUAAAGUCUGCAAAGUAACAAAAUGCCCAGAUUUUACUGUCACCAGCCAAUGGGAGGUGGUCACUCAGCAUGAAGGAAAGCAAGAGUCUGCCAUCUUUGAUGCUGUCAUGGUCUGCUCUGGUUUCCUUACUAACCCGUAUUUGCCACUGGACUCUUUUCCAGGUAUAAAUACCUUUAAAGGCCAGUACUUUCAUAGCCAGCAAUAUAAACAUCCAGAUAUAUUUAAGGACAAGAGAGUCCUUGUGAUUGGAAUGGGGAAUUCGGGCACAGACAUUGCUGUGGAGGCCAGCCACCUGGCAAAACAGGUGUUCCUCAGCACCACUGGAGGGGCCUGGGUGAUGAGCCGAGUCUUUGACUCAGGGUACCCAUGGGACAUGGUGUUCAUGACUUGAUUUCAGAACAUGUUCAGAAAUUCUCUCCCAACUCCAUUUGUGACUUGGUUGAUGGCAAGAAAGAUGAACAGCUGGUUCAAUCAUGCAAAUUAUGGCUUAGUACCAGAAGACAGGACACAGCUGAGAGAGCCUGUGCUAAAUGACGAGCUUCCGGGCUGUAUCAUCACUGGGAAACUUCUCAUCAGGCCAAGCAUAAAGGAGGUGAAUGAAAACUCUGUCGUAUUUAAUAACACCCCAAAAGAAGAGCCCAUUGAUAUCAUUGUCUUUGCCACGGGCUACACCUUUGCUUUCCCCUUCCUUGAUGAGACUGUAGUCAAAGUUGAAAAUGGCCAGGCAUCACUGUACAAGUACAUCUUCCCUGCACAUCUGCCACAGCCAACCCUGGCUGUUAUUAACCUCAUCAAACCCUUAGGCUCCAUGAUACCCAUAGGAGAAACACAAGCACGAUGGGUUGUUCGAGUCCUGAAAGGCAUAAACAAGUUACCACCACGAAGUGUCAUGAUAGAUGAAGUUAAUGCAAGAAAAGAAGACACACCCAGUGGGUUUGGCUUGUGCUACUGCAAAGCUUUACAAUCAGAUUAUAUCACAUACAUAGAUGAACUCCUGACCAGUAUCAAUGCAAAACCCAACCUAUUCUCUCUGCUCCUGAUGGACCCACGCCUGGCUUUGACCAUCUUCUUUGGCCCAUGCACACCAUACCAGUUCCGCCUGACUGGCCCAGGGAAAUGGAAAGGAGCCAGAAAUGCCAUCUUGAACCAGUGGGAUCGAACAUUCAAAGUCACCAAAACUCGAAUUGUACAAGAAUCCCCAUCUCCUUUUGCAAGUUUACUUAAACUCUUAAGCCUUCUGGCUUUGCUUAUGGCCAUUUUCCUAAUUUUCCUAUAAAUAAAAGAUUACCCAGAUGGCUUCUCAGAUGCACAUAGUAGAUUUACAAUGCUCUGGUCCCUCCAUUGCUGUGUCAUUCUCUUCAUAGCCAUGAACCAUAUUUGGGUGGUCACGGCUACCUCCCGUCCUUCCCUGGUUGGUCCCAGGGCUACCAAUGGUAUUCCUGGGCCUCUCCCAGCUCCAUCUGCUUCCAGUGCUAGAGGAAGAUAAUCACAAUUUAUGUGCACUUGAAGGCUGCUAGGAAGUUCCAGGUUGACUUUACAAGAGAGAGCUGUUUAAGACAGCACUCUGAGCAUUUAUAUCUCUCUCUCACAUAAACUAUUUUCAUAGGCCUCAACUAAAACCCCCUACUUCACAAAAGAUUUAGUUGUACUAAAAUGAUCCUGUUAUGGUAUGAGCUGAUUAGAAAUAAAAAGAAAGAAAAAAACCUAGAA